AUGCUCUCCACUCUGAGAGUCGCCGGUCGUUCGACCGCUGCCCGCGAGGCUAACGUGCGCAUCGUCAUGGGUGCUCGCCAGGCCUCGGCCUGGUCCAAGGUUCCUCAGGGUCCUCCUGAUGCCAUUCUGGGUAUCACCGAGGCCUUCAAGGCCGACUCCUUCAAGGAGAAAAUCAACCUGGGUGUUGGUGCUUACCGUGAUGACCAGGGCAAGCCUUUCGUCCUGCCCUCCGUCCGCGCCGCCGAGGACAAGGUUGUCGCUUCGCGCAGCGACAAGGAGUACGCCGGCAUCACCGGUAUCCCCGCCUUCACAAGCGCCGCCGCUGAGCUGGCCUACGGCACCGACUCCGCCGCCCUCAAGGAAGACCGCCUCGUCAUCACUCAGACUAUCUCUGGCACUGGUGCCCUGAGAAUCGGUGGUGCUUUCCUCGAGCGCUUCUACCCCGGCGCCAAGAAGGUCUACCUUCCUAACCCAAGCUGGGCUAACCACAACGCCGUCUUCAAGGACUCCGGUCUCGAGGUCGAGAAGUACCGUUACUACAACAAGGAUACCAUUGGUCUGGACUUCGAUGGUCUGAUCGAGGAUAUCAAGGCCGCCCCUAACGGCAGCAUCAUCCUCCUGCACGCUUGUGCCCACAACCCUACCGGUGUUGACCCUACUCAGGACCAGUGGCGCAAGAUCAGCGAUGUCAUGAAGGAGAAGGAGCACUUUGCCUUCUUCGACAUGGCUUACCAGGGCUUUGCUAGCGGUAACGCUGACCAGGAUGCUUUCGCUCCUCGCCACUUCGUCAAGGAGGGCCACAACAUUGCUCUGUGCCAGAGUUUCGCUAAGAACAUGGGUCUCUACGGAGAGCGUGUUGGUGCUUUCUCCCUUGUUUGCGAGUCUACCGAGGAGAAGAAGCGCGUUGAGUCUCAGAUCAAGAUUCUCAUCCGUCCCUUCUACUCCAACCCUCCCAUUCACGGUGCCCGUGUUGCUUCCGCCAUCAUGAACGAUGCCAAGCUGAACCAGCAGUGGCUCGGUGAGGUCAAGGGUAUGGCCGACCGCAUCAUUGAAAUGCGCGCUCUCCUGCGCAAGAACCUCGAGCAGCUCGGCAGCAAGCACGACUGGUCUCACAUCACCAGCCAGAUCGGUAUGUUCGCCUUCACUGGUCUGAAGCCCGAGCAGAUGGACGCUCUCGCCAAGGAGCACUCCGUCUACGCCACCAAGGAUGGCCGUAUCUCCGUUGCCGGUAUCACCUCUGGCAACGUCCAGCGUCUUGCUGAGUCCAUCUUCAAGGUUACUGGUUAA